UGAUAGAUUUUGAGAUGGAAUGCUUGACGCUCGUUUAUCAAGGGCACUCCUUUGGCCACCUUCCCACCCCCCCCCCCCAGGGCGCCGGUGAGAAUGGUUUACGCCGGGGGAAGAGCGCACGGGGGCUCUCUCGCUCGCCUCCGUUGGCUUCGCCGCUGCCGCGAGAGCGGAGACAGCGUGCGCGCUGUGCGAGCGAGUGAGUGAGCGUGAACGGCUCCGGCCGAGAUCCGCCGUGCAGCGAGAGAGCAGUGAGAGCGAGAGAGAGAGCAGCGAGCCCAGCUUUGUGCGUGCAACCGCGGAGACGUUGGCAUAACAAUGCUGCCCGUGUGCAACUUGGGUGACUUUUUGUACGUGGGCCGGUGGAUGGGAGUUCUCUCGCAAGCCUGCUGCUGCUGCUUGUAAUGCUGUUGUUCGGUAUGUUGCGGUAAACCUCGUCACCGGGGGGACAAAGGCGGCCGGACGUGCGUGUUGCUGGCCAUCCACUCCCUCGUCUGCCGUGCAGGUCUUCAAAGUCUGACGAGAGCGCAUGACCGUCCUCUCCCGUGGGACUACACAGCCUUCCUGCAAAAAUUCUAGUGUGGAGUUGCCGCUCGAUAGAUCGGAGGCGGUGACUGAUCGCGGUGUGAAGACUUCCAUGCCCCUCGCUCGCGCCCACGGUGCGUGCGGUGCGGCCGCGUGAGCCCUCCCGGGAUCCCACGGUGACGUCCACGCGCUGCCAUGGAGGUGAAGGAGCUGCGUCAGUACCACUCGCUCUCGCAGAACCGUCCGGCCAAGGAGUGCCAGUACUCGAUCGGCGCACCGAGCCGCGACGACCACCACCUCCACCACCAGCAGCAGCUGCAACAGCAGCAACAGCAGCAGCUGCAACAGCAGCAGCAGCAGCGCGCCGUGCAGCAGCAGCAGCAGCAGAGUUCGUGCGGCGAAGAGUGUCUGGGUCACCCGGGCGCCCGCGCUCGUCACCCCUACCCCCCCGCGGGGGACUCGCUCUACGAAGCCGAGGCGGCGGGCCUGGCGGGGUAUGGGCUCGCCUCCAGGGACCCCAACAAGUACGCCCGGCAAGGCGUGGAGUACUGCCUGCGUGAGAUCGGCGUGUGCGAGCCCAUCCCCCAGAGAACCACGGGCGGCGUCUGCGACCCAAUGAUGGCAGGCGUCGUCUGCGACCCAGGGCAGCAGCUGCAGCACAGCGGGUACACGCCGGACGUGAGGCUGGCCCGGAUGAGCUACGGAGCCGACGUCGCUGCCUCGGACUCCGACACGGAGACGGAAGAGACGCUGCCCUACGAGCACGAGCCCCGGGGCGGGCGCGCCCGCGACGGGAAGCCGGACGGCAACCCCUACCCGCCAAGCCGCGCCAACUCCGUCCUCACGCUUACCGACACGGAGCACGAGAACAACAAGUCCGACACCGAGACAGUUAGUUCACCCGACUUGCAAGUGAUGAGAGGCGCCCGUUUUGAUCGCCCGGGGCGUCAUUUGAAACAAUGGACAGAUCCCUUGACACCAUCCACCCAUCACAACCAGGCCACGCUGAGGCAGCCGCAGCUGCCGCCGGUGUCGCACCACCUCCACCACCACCACCAGGGCCUGGGCGACGCGCCCCACCCGCAUGGCCUGACGCAGCACCACCCGUCGCUCACUUCCCUGUCGCACCGCAACUCCACGGCGCACCGCAACUCGUCCGGGCACGGCCACAGCCAGACGCUGGGGCACCCGGGCGGGUUCGUCCGCGAGCGGCGCAACCCCAGCCCCGUGGGUGCCCAGCAUCAGGGUGGGGGGCAGCCGACCCUGCAGAUCCAGGAGGGAGGCUGGGAGCGGGUGGGCAGCGUGCCGCUCGAAAGCAGGAACCUGGGAAAAGGUCCGAGCCUGGAGAAUGGACAAGAUAGCCUGAUGGAGAUGGCCGUGUUUGCGCCCGCCUGCAGGGACACGUCUUACGGAGAAGGGUGCGUAGGCAGCCAGGGAGUCGGAGUUCCGCCUGAGAGGGGCCCUCCGCGGGCAUGGAGUCACUUCCUGUUCAAACCGGGCUCGGGCACGACGCCGCUCUUCAGCAGCCCGGCACCCGGCUACCCGCUGACGUCCAGCGCCGCGUACUCCCCUCCGACGCGGCCCCUCCCGCGUGGCACCUUCCCGCGGGGGACCUUCACCUUCAAGCAGCCGUACCGCGUGUGCAGCUGGCGCUGCGCUGCCCUGUCCGCCAUUGCCGCUGCCGCACUGCUCACGAUCCUGCUGGUGUACUUCAUAGUGCUGCACGUGUAUGGGCUCAACUGGCAGUUCCAGGCGAUGCCCGUUCAGCCGGGCGUGCGGGACGCCGGUCGGCCUGGCCACGUAGGCGAUGCCAUGGGCACAGCUGGAAAAGGCAAUGCCUCGUGGGAUUCCCGCAGCAUCGAUUCGGGCGAAGUGGAGGUGGGCCGGCGGGCAGUGCAGGAUGUCCCCGCGGGCGUUUUCUGGAGGUCCCAGAUCUACUUGGACCAGGCUCAGUACCUUAAGUUCAACAUCUCCCUGGACCGCGACGCCGUGCUGGGCGUAUAUGGUCGCAAGGGGCUGCCGCCCACACACACGCAGUACGACUUCAUAGAGCUGCUGGCGGGCAGCCGGCUCGUGGGGCGCGACCGGAGGAGCCCCGGGCAGGCCGUGCGGCGGAGACGUAACGUGGGAGGCGUGCUGCUGCUGCAGAGAGCCGGCUUUAUUCAGUUCAUGGACCCGGGCAUCUGGCACGUGGCCUUCUACAACGACGGCCUGGAGCCCGAGAGGGUCACCUUCGUCACCAGCAUCGCCGCGGCCGUGGACGAGUGCCCCAGCAACUGCAAUGGCAACGGGGAGUGUGUGGCUGGGAUCUGUCAUUGCUUCCCGGGCUUCUUAGGGCCGGACUGCUCGCGAGCCUCGUGCCUGGUGCUGUGCAGCGGGAACGGCCUCUACCUGCGCGGCCGCUGCCUCUGCCACAGCGGCUGGAAGGGCUCCGAGUGCGACGUGCCGUCCGAGCAGUGCCUCGACCCGGCAUGCAGUGGGCACGGCUCGUGCGUCAUGGGCAGCUGCGUCUGCCACCCGGGCUACAAGGGGGAGAGCUGCGAGGAAGUGGACUGCAUGGAGCCGCAGUGCUCUGGCAAUGGCGUGUGCGUGCAAGGCGUCUGCAUCUGCACGCCAGGCUGGGGAGGCAGCAACUGCGAGUCUCCGCGCCUCAAGUGUCCCGACCAGUGCUCGGGGCACGGCAGCUACCUGGUGGAGUCCAAUUCAUGCAGCUGUGACCCCAACUGGACUGGCUCCGACUGCUCUGUCGAGAUGUGUGCCCUGGACUGUGGGAGCCACGGCGUGUGCGUGAUGGGAAGUUGCCGCUGCGAGGAGGGCUGGAGCGGCGUGGCAUGCGACCAACGCGCUUGCCAUCCCAACUGUGCCGAGCACGGUAUCUGCCGGGACGGCACGUGUGAGUGCAGCCAGGGUUGGAACGGAGAGCACUGCACCAUCGCUCACUAUCAGGAUAAGAUAGUUGAAGAGGGCUGCCCCGGGCUGUGCAACGGCAAUGGCCGCUGUGCACUGGAGGCAUCGGCCUGGCACUGCCUGUGCGAGUUUGGCUGGCGCGGAGCAGGCUGCGACGUCUCCAUGGAAACCGCUUGCGAGGAUGGCAAGGACAAUGACGGAGACGGCCUGAGCGACUGCGUGGACCCGGACUGCUGCCUGCAGCACGUGUGCCGAGCGGACGGUCUGUGCCAGGGCUCGCCUGACCCCGAGGAGCUGCUACCGCACACCCUGCAGCCGCCGAGCCAGAGGGCCAACCCGCAGGCCUUCCCGACCUUCUUCCAGAGCACGCAUUUCCUGGUCGGCAGGGACCGAGCCCACGUGGUGCCGGGAGAUAACCCUUUCAACAGACGGACGGCGUGUGUGGUCCGAGGUCAGGUGCAGACGCUGGACGGGACCCCACUGGUCGGGGUGAACGUAUCCUUCCCCCACUACCCGAGCUACGGGUACACCGUGACGCGGCAAGAUGGAGCCUUCGACCUCAUGGCGAGCGGAGGACGCUCGGUGACGCUGCAAUUCGAGCGGGCGCCGUUCACCGCGCAACUGCGCACCGUGUGGUUGCCGUGGAACCGGUUCAUCGUCGUGGACACGGUGGUGAUGCGCCGCGAGGAGAACGACAUCCCGAGCUGCGACGUCAGCGGCUUCGUGCGGCCCAACCCAUCCGUGCUGCCCUCGCCCCUCACCUCCGUGCCGGGCAGCUGCGGCCCGCUCAAUCCCAUCAUACCCGAGAUCCAGGCCGUGCAGGAGAGCAUCACGCUGCCCGGCUCCGAGCUGCACCUGCGCUACGUGAGCAGCCGCGCUCCCGGGUACCACUCGCGCCUAUCGGUCAGACUCACGCCGGCCAGCGUGCCCUUCAACCUGCUCAAGGUCCACCUGUCGGUGGCCGUGGAGGGGCGCUUCUUCCGCACCUGGUUCCCGUCGGCGCCGAACCUGCGGCACACGUUCAUCUGGGACAAGACCAACGCCUACGGGCAGCCCGUCUACGGCAUCGCCGAAGCUCUAGUGUCUGUCGGAUACGAGUACGAGUCCUGCCCCGAGCUGAUCCUGUGGGAGAACCGCGUCGCCAUCCUGCAGGGCCUUGAGCUCGACGCCUCCAGCCUGGGCAUCUGGGGCCUGAGCAACCACCACGCGCUGCACGUGCCUAGCGGCACGAUGCACAAGGGCACGGGCGAGAACGUGUUCGUGUGGCGCCUGCCGCCCGUCAUCACGAGCGUCAUGGGCAACGGCCGGCGGCGCAGCAUCACCUGCCCCAGCUGUAACGGCGUCGCCGAGGGCAACAAGCUGCUGGCGCCCAUGAGCCUGGCCUGCGCCGCCGACGGAAGCCUCUACGUUGGCGACUUCAACUUCGUGCGCCGGAUAUUCCCGUCCGGCAACGUCACGAGUGUCUUCGAGCUCAGAAACAAAGACUUGAGGCACAGCAACAACCCGUCGCACCGCUACUACCUGGCCGUGGACCCCGUGUCGGGCUGGCUCUACGUGUCGGACACCAACAGCCGGCGCCUGUACCGCGUGCGCUCGCUCACGGGCAGGGUGGGCGAUCUGACGUCCAACGGGGAGGUGGUCGCCGGCACCGGCGAACAGUGCCUGCCGCUCGACGAGACGCGCUGCGGCGACGGCGGACGGGCGGUCAACGCCUCGCUCACCAACCCCCGCGGUGUGGCAGUGGAUAAGCAUGGCAUCAUUUACUUUGUGGACGGGACGAUGAUCCGGAGAAUCGACGAGAAUGGUAUUAUCUCGACGCUCAUCGGCUCCAAUAACUUAGCCUCCGUGCGACCGCUAAGCUGUGACUUCACCCUCGACAUCAAUCAGGUGCAGCUCGGAUGGCCGACAGCCCUGGCCGUCAGCCCGCUGGACAACUCGCUGUACAUCCUGGACAACAACAUCGUCCUGCAGGUCCUGCAGAGCCAGCAGGUGCGCGUGGUGGCCGGCAGGCCCAUGCACUGCCCGCUGCCGCCGGCGGAGCACCAGGGCGGCGGGCGGCUGGCGACGCACGCAGUGCUGCUGGCGCCCACGGCCAUUGCCGUGUCGCACUCGGGCACGCUGUACGUCGCCGAGACGGACGAGCGCAAGAUCCACCUGGUGUGGCGCGUGACGAGCGACGGGGAGAUAUCGCCGCUCGCCGGCGCCGCCUCCGAGUGCGACUGCAAGAGCGACGUGAGCUGCGAUUGCUUCGCGGGCGACGACGGCUACGCCAAGGACGCCCGGCUGAACGCGCCGUCCUCGCUGGCGGUGUGCCCCGACGGCGUCGUGUUCGUCGCCGACCUGGCGAACAUCCGCAUCCGGGCCGUGAGGCCCAACCGGCCCACCCUCAACGUCGCGGGCCAGUACGAGAUCGCGUCGACCGAGGACCAGGAGCUGUACGUCUUCAACCGGGACGGCAACCACCUGCACACGCUGAGCCUCGUCAGCGGAGAGUUCCUCUACAACUUCUCAUACAGCGGCGACCGCGACCUGGUCACCGUCAGCGGCGGCAGCGGCGCGCUGCUGAAAGUCCGCCGGGACUCCACGGGGAUGCCCCUGCGCCUCGUCGUGGACGACUCGCUCAUCCUCUCGCUCACGCUCAAUGCCAACUCGGGGCUCAAGAGCGUCUCCUCGCAGGGGGCCGAGCUGGCCUUCCUCACGUACCACAGCGGCGGCGGGCUGCUCGCCACCAAGAGCGACGAGAACGGGUGGACCACCUUCUACCAAUAUGACGUGGAUGGUCGACUGACGAAUGUGACCUUCCCGUCGGGCCUGGUGAAGUCGCUCAACGGAGACGCGAGGGAUGCCCUGCGCGUGGUGCAGACGUCCAGCCAGGACGAGGACGUCACCAUCACCACCAACCUCUCCACCGUGAAGACCUACUACAGCCUGCUGCAGGGUCCAGCCAAAACAUCUUUUGUCUUUUCCCCUUUGCUGGACCAGAGCAAGAACGCGUAUGCGGUGGGCCACGACGGCUCGCUGCAGGUGGCGUACGCCAGCGGGCUGCAGCUGGGCCUGCACACCGAGCCGCACGUGGUGGCCGGCCCCGCCAGCCCCGCAGCCGUCCGCCUCAACAUCAGCCUGCCCAUGGAGGGCGGCGUGAGCAUGCUCGAGUGGCGCCUGCGCAAGGAGCAGGCGCGGGGCAACGUCACCGUCUAUGGGCGCAAGCUGCGGGUGAACGGCAGGAACAUCCUGUCGAUGGACUUCAACCGGCAGACGCGCACCGAGAAGAUCAACGACGACCACCGCAAGUUCACGCUGCGCGUCGUCUACAACCAGCUGGGCCGCCCCACGCUGUGGCAGCCGGACAACAAGCUGACGGCGCUCAACGUGACGUACUCGGCGCGUGGGCGCAUGCUCACGUUCCAGCGCGGCUCCAUGUCGGAGCGCAUCGACUACGACACGGCGGGGCGACUCAAGUCGCGCACGUUCGCCGACGGGCGCACGUGGUCGUACUCGUACCUGGACCGGUCCAUGGUGCUGCUCCUGCACAGCCAGAGGCAGUUCAUCUUCGAGUUCGACUCGUCGGACCGCCUGGCCUCCGUCACCAUGCCGAGCGUCGCGCGGCACACGCUGGCGACUCUGCGCUCGGUCGGCUACUACCGCAACGUGUACACGCCGCCCGAGAGCAACGCCUCCGUCAUCCAGGACGUGGGCGAGGACGGGCUGGUGCUGCGCAUCGCCUACACGGGCACGGGCCGACGCGUCCACUACAAGUACAAGCAGGCGGGCAAGCUGACCGAGGUGCUGUACGACGGCACGCGCGUUGGCGUCACCUACGACGACCUCACGGGAAUGCUGAAGCUGGUGAACCUGCAGGAUGGCGGCUACGCGUGCACGCUGCGCUACCGGCACGCGGGGCCGCUCGUCGACAAGCAGAUCCUCCGCUUCAACGAGGAAGGGAUGGUGAACGCGCGCUUCGACUACAGCUACGACAACGGCUUCCGCGUCACGAGCGUGCAGACGGUCAUCAACGAGACGCCGCUGCCCAUCGACCUCUACCACUACGACGACAUCUCCGGGAAGGUGGAGCAGUUCGGCAAGUUCGCCGUCAUCUACUACGACAUCAACCAGAUCAUAACCACGGCCGUCAUGACGCUCACGAAACACUUUGACGGCUACGGCCGCGUCAAGGAGGUUCAGUACGAAAUCUACCGCUCGCUCAUGUACUGGAUGGUGCUGCAGUACGACAACCUGGGGCGGGUGUCCAAGCGCGAGCUCAAGGUGGGACCGUACGCCAACACCACCAAGUACACGUACGAGUACGACGCCGACGGCCAGCUGCAGAGCGUGUCCAUCAACGAGAAGGUGACGUGGCGGUACAGCUACGACCUGAACGGAAACCUGUACCUGCUGAACCCGGGGAACAGCGCGCGGCUCACCCCGCUGCGGUACGACCUCCGCGAUCGCAUCAACCGGCUGGGCGACAUCCGCUACGUCGCGGACGAGGACGGCUUCCUCAAGCAGCGCGGCUCCGACUCGUUCGAGUACAACUCCAACGGGCAGCUCAUCCGCGCCUACAACAAGGCGGUCGGCUGGAGCAUCACCUACCGCUACGACGGGCACGGCCGCCGCGUGUCUCGCCGCUCCGGCACCGGCGAGCACCUGCAGUUCUUCUACGCCGACCUGGACUACCCGAGCCGGCUGACGCACAUCUACAACCACUCGAGCUCCGAGAUCCUGUCGCUGUACUACGACCUGCAGGGCCACCUGUUCGCGGCCGAGUUCAGCGGCGGCGAGGAGUUCUACGUGGCCACGGACGACCUGGGCACCCCGCUGGCCAUCUUUAGCAGCUCGGGGCUGGUGGUGCGGCACAUGCAGUACACGGCGUACGGCGAGAUCUACGUGGACACCAAACCCGACUUCCAGCUGUGCGUGGGGUUCCACGGGGGCCUGUACGACUCACUCACCCGCCUCGUGCACUUUGGCCGGAGGGAUUACGACAUCCUGUCGGGGCGGUGGACGUCGCCGGACGUCGACGUCUGGAAGGACAUUGGCUCCAAUCCCAGGCCCUUUAACCUGUACACGUUCAAGAACAACAAUCCCGUCGGAGACAUGCAGGAUGGCAUGAAAUACGUCACGGAUGUGAACAGCUGGCUGCAGACAUUUGGAUUUCAGCUGCACAACGUGAUCCCGGGCUUUGCUAAGCCAAAAGUGAACUCUUACGAGCCGCAUUAUGAGCUCACUGCCAGCCAGAGGCAGGACACAGCGAGGGCCGUGUCGUGGGUGGACUGCGGGGUGCACAAGAAACUCAAGGCCUUCACUUCGCUGGAGAGCCUGCCCAUGCGUGACAGCCCCGACCGCUCGGCGAGCCGGCACCGGGACGGCCGCGUGUGGUUCACGACGGUGGUGCCCAUCCUCGGCAAAGGGGUCAUGUUCGCAAACAGCCACGGGCGCAUAACCACCGACAUCAUCAACAUCGCGAGCGAGGACAGCCGCAGGGUGGCGGCCAUGCUCAACAACUCGCACUACCUGGAGGGGCUGCACUUCACGGUUGAGGGCAAGGAGACGCACCACUUUGUGAAGGUGGGCUCGCCCGAGGGCGACCUGGCCACCCUGGGCCUCACCGGCGGCCGCAAGACUCUGGAGAGCGGCGUCAACGCCAGCGUGUGGCAGUCGACGGCGCUGGUGGCGGGGCGCACGCGCCGCUACACCGACGUGUCGCUGCAGGCGGGCGGCGUGGCGCUGAACGUGCGCUACGGCGGCACGGCGGAGGAGGAGAGGGCGCGCGCGCUCGAGGUGGCGCGGCAGCGCGCCAUCUCGCUGGCGUGGGCGCGCGAGCAGGAGCGCGUGCGCGACGGGGACGAGGGCAGCGCGUCGCGCGCCUGGAGCGAGGGCGAGCGGCGCCAGCUGCUUGCCGAGGGGAGGGUCGCCGGCUACGAGGGGUUUUACCUCCUCUCGGCCGAGCAGUACCCGGAGCUGGCCGACAGUCCGGCCAACAUCCAGUUCCUGAAGCAGAGCGAGAUAGGCCGCAGGUGACAGCCGGGAGAAGAUGCCUUCGUUUUCUCUGGUGGACCGGCCUGGGUCUAAAAAAAAAAAAGUUAUUUUACCAAAAUCUGCUGUGUAGGACAGCAGAGAGAGGCUAACGACUGUCACACUCCUCUGGUAUGUAUAAAGAGUGCCCUGUUCGUGGGAAGUACAUUGCCUUUUGUCUACAGAAUAAAAUAAAGAAAGGAAGGGGAGAAAGAAAAAAAAACACCUUUUUUUUUUGCUAAAACAAAAAAAGGUAUGAGCUGUGAAACUCCUUUGCAAGCAGAAACUAUUGCACAUGAAACGGGACGGAAAAUUCCGGUGUAUUGUUCUCUCUUUUAAUCCAUCAAAAAAGAGAGAUAAAUAUUGAUUUACGAUUGUGGAAUCCUGACUAUGCCAGGAAAUUAAUAGGGUUCCCCAUCGGCGGGCAGGAAGAGAACCGCAUGAGAGAAAAAAAACUUCAUGCAACAACAACAAAAAAAAACGAGGAGAAAACUGCUUUUGUGUGAGAAAUCAUGAUAACGGCAGGGGAUCGCUUUUCCCGUUUCUGAUCAUUUCUCCUCUGAGCGGCUUCAAAGCAAAGUCAAAAAGGCAGCAUCUUUACACAAGAAGAGCAACAAACUGUGAUCAGUGGGAGGUAACGCGAAUUUGGUUUCUGAAAAAGAGCAAAAGCAGCAGGAAUUGAUGUCCUGCCGUCGCCGCACGGAGAAUGAUGGACUGCGUGUGUCGCACUGUCCCAGAGCCUGUGGUCUUUCUCUCUCUAUAUAUAUUUCGUCUGCUGCGUUUGAACAGGCUACGGUGCCCGCGUCGCCUCUAGGGAUAGACAGAGCACAUGAAUGUGUGUAUUUUAGAUAUUUUUUGUUCAUAUGAACCAAAUGUGUUAUCCCAACGCCUUAACUUUAAUUAGUUGGAUUGUGUAUUAUAAAUAACUCGGAUUUUAAGAAAGUGUGAUGUUAGCACUACACGGGAGCAUCACUGCAUUGGUCAUUAAUGCAGCACUUGAGUUGAGAAAAUGCGGGCGUAUAAAAAUAAGUAAAUAAAAACAUGUCGACUGAACCCUUUGUAUAAAAAAUUUAACAAGAAUAAAAAAAAAUGCUACUUUUUUUUUGCAAGAUUUUUUUUAAAUGUUUUGAAUGCUGCUUAAUUUUGUUUCGUUCAGUCAAGAAAGGCAACAUUUAGUUACGUUUACUUCAAUUCAUGUACGUUCACUCUGCGGUGCGCAACAUACCCAAUAUCGAAUAUUUCUAAAGCGUAGGCUUUUCCCCGUCCGUUUCGAAAGGAAAUGCCACUACAGGGGCGGACGUGCAAUGGCUGGUGAGGCGAGCUCGCAUCAACGCACAAUUUCGCUGUCAAAAGAUCCCGGAGCACAGCUUUGUCAAGACCCACUCAUGAAUUCUCAACAGACAAAAGGCAGCCACUGACCGGUUAAUGAAGGUGCGAUUUGAGCAGUGAAAACCCUUUAACGUUGAGCGAAAUCCUUGGCUGUUCACCACCAUUUUUUUACGUACAUUUUUAAUGGGGGGUUUUUUCACCAUUUUUUUUACUGUUUUUGUGUUCUUAAGUUAUUUAGUGACUGUGCAAAGAAUAAUAAUCCGCAAACGUUUAUGCUUGUCAAUACAGAUGUAUAAGUUCGCUUUUCUUUUCAUGCACAUUGACGUUCACAUAAAUCGGUAACAUCUCCCUUAUUUUUCUGUAAAUAAGACAAAGGUGUCACCCAGUUUAGCCUCUAGACUAUAAGGGCAAGUAGCGAGCAGCUAUUAAGGCUAACACAGCGAAGGAGUGGGUGUAGCAAGCACUGCACCUUUGCGGCGUUAGCUCAUUUUACCAGGUCUUUACUUUCAGCCGAGUCUGACCAUUGUGCACACCUGAUCACGAAUCGUCCACGUAUGAUGACUCGAGGGGACCAUGUGACCACUGCGGGCAAAUAGAGGUGCUACCAUUCACCGUGAUGCUAAAUUAAUAAUUUGUUAAUUGCAUUCCCGAAUUGCGGCAAUUCAUUAAAUCUCUGCCCGGAGGGCGGUUGGGGGUGAGGGUGAAUUGUUCCACCCAUCAUGAUCGUGCACAUUCCCACGCUGGUGAAUGCCCCCCUCGCCCAGUAUGCACAGCCAGCAGGAAACCGCUGUGGUGUAAUGGUCAGCGCACACUGGACUUGGCAAUCCAGAGGUCCGCCGGUUCAAUGUCGUCAGGCAGCAGUGGAGAACAAUCUGGCACGUUUCUUAAAUCCUGCCCGCCUCUUUCCACCCAGCUGUUCGAAUGGGCAUUGCCACCAAAGUUGGCCGAUGUGCAGGUUGUGUGUGGUGGGGGAAAAAAAAAGUGUGGUGUUCCCACCUCUGCCAAAAGUGUCUGGCCAGGGUGGAAGAGUAGGCCAAAUACCCCUCCUCAAUCCGAGCUCCCUCUAGUGGAGGUCCUUCUGCCAGCAGAGGUGAAGGCAGUUCCAGGGUUUCGCCUUUACCUUUUUGCAUACAGUCUGUGCUAUUACACGCUGCGUUCCACAAUUAUGCACCUCUCGCAAAUACACUUUCAUUAAAUACCAUGCAUACACACCAACACGUACACGUGCACACCCACGCUAUUGUAACUGUAGCUAUGGGGUGGUAUCACAGACAUCGAAUGCCUGCUUGUCAGCUUGCUGCCAACUGCCAAAGACUUUCCCCCACACCUCCCCCCACACACAAAACAGUGGUAUUGGAAGGCCCAAUGUAAUGCGUAUUUUAAUCCUCGUUUUCAAGAUUUUUGUUUUAUAUCUCGGUGAACCACAUCUGUUUUAGAGCGUACAACUGCGCAGUUUUACCGUGAUCAUAUUUAGCUGCAUGUUCUAUGAACAGCGCCCGAACUCGGGUUGCCCGUGGGUCACAGGGAGCUGGGUCGUCAUUCCGUUUUGUCAUUGUUGAGCAUCGCGACGCAUAUAACAAUUCUACCGUGCUUUUGUGUUGUAUACCAUCUUCAAUUGGUGCUGCAUUUAUGGACUAACAGUUGAUGGGUGGUAUUUAACUUUUAGCAAAUGCAUAGGUUUUGUAAAGGCCUUACACACUGGAUUGAAUAAUGCUUUAAUUUUUUGCUACUUUUUAAAGAUGUGUUUAGCUUUUUUUUUCUUCUUCUUCUUCUAAAAUGAUGUUCAAAACACGUUGACGAAGUCUGCGCCCACGUCACGGCUGUAUGAAGUAAAAAAGAAAAAAAAACACUGUUUCUAAAUGCUUCAGAGUGUGACACUGUGUCGCGUCUCGGGCCGUGGUGUUAACCAUUUCGAAAUACAUUUUACAAAAAUUACCACAACGGCAAACAAAACAUACUCGAUAUGAAAAAAAACGAAAACCAGGUUAUGUAUGCCUGUGGCAUAUGAAACAAAUGGCAGACAUUAGCAGGUGAUGAGGUCAUUUCUAAAUGUAGCCUCGAUCGAGGUCAUUAAACAGAAAAUGCGCUGAAACUUUUUUUGUUGUUGUCCUCUGUCAAUUGAUUCUCUCCCAUCCAAGCCCAUCUUACGUAACUUUAAAGCCAGAGAGUGGCUUAAUGUACAUCAUCAACCUUAACAGGAUAAAAGCUGUCCAUUUUUUAAACUGUCUGUCAGCGAGGCUUUAGAGUGAUUCCGGGAAAAUAUCUGGAAUUUAAAAUAAAUACUCUGAGCGGUCGUGUGCUUUCUAAAGAAAAGAAAUAUAUCCAGGAACUUUUAACAUUGUUUGAUUUUUAAAUGGCAAUGCACCUUGUGUAUUUUUUUGCGUGAGGUUUAUCUGGAACAUUUGAAUCUUUUGUAUGCGGGAACUAGGAAGCGGUGAGUUGAAAAUGAAUGAGCGAAUGGUGCAAGACACAACCAUAAUUCUUUACAACACAGCAUCAUCCCGAUUACUCCCAUCCAUUACUUCAAACGGCACUAGUUGUAAGUUAAUGCAAUGUCACCUUAAUCAAGUCUCCGUCCACGUAAAAUGUGUGUUACUUUUCUUGGUAUUAUUUUAAGCGCGGCCCAAGGUACGUUUUGGCUUGGUAAGCCACCCUAUUAGUUAAGGAAUUGUCACUGCUGGGAUAAAAUAUAGCUUCAAGUGUUACUGUAAAUCAAAAAUAUGGACACUGGGCUGACAGGAAAACUGAGCAGUGUUCCAUUUUUUAUGGAUCAGCGGAAUGUAUCAAAAUAACAAAUUGCAUUUAAUUGAAGGCACAGGGAGAGGAGACACUGCUUUGGAGAUAACGAAAAGCAAUAUAAUCUCUGCAUUUAUUUGACAAACGUCUUGGAUUUUGCAGGAGGCACAGCUUUGAUGUACAUUGCGAUGUGAAAUUAAUUUGGGCAAAAAUUCCUCAAAAUUUUCCAAUGCAAAAGUGCACUAAAAGACAGGUUUUAGCCACUGCAUAAUUUAUUAUUAAUUUCCUCAAGAUUAAAAACCAGCGAUGGAGGUGGAGGGGGUUGUAAAUGCCCUUUUUCCCUUUUGGAGCCAUUAUUGAUUUGUGAAAAUUUCAAAUGUCGUCUAAAAGGGGCUUACGACGACUUAUCACCUUCACUUACAUGGUCACUAUCGCUAAAGAAAUGCAUUAUUUUAUCCGAGAUGUUAAGCUUUAAUUAGUGUGUGGCCAAAAGUGUGUGUGUGAUGCCGAGAUGGAAAAUAUUCUGUGAGCACGGAUGCGUUAAUGUUUUAUGAGGUACCGCGUUGAUCUUUAAAGGCGGGGGGGGGGGAUUAUGAUGAAAUGCUACAGCAAACAGCAUUUGCAGUGAAGAUAGGGACUUCAGUUUGGAGAGAUGGGGCAUUCGGUCCCCAGCGUUUUCCAAAUUCCCUCAACAGGCGGACCGACAGAUUUAAUGAAAAUGAACUGGCAUAGUCAUUCUUUGAUGGCCACACCUGGCACAGGGAAAUGUGUAAGCCCCUGGAAACGGAGGCUGAUUUACUCAAUCAUACAUAAUGUUCCACCCUUUGCCUCUAAUCAGUUUAAUUGUUCGUAGAGGAGGCCCCGAUAACU